GCAUUCCGCAAGAUCGGAAAAAUUCUCGGGUUCUGUUGGUUUAUCUCAGUUCGAGUUGAGCGAGCGACUAUGGAGAAAAAGAUGACAAAUACGACAAAAGCUAAAUCCACAUCUGGAAAACCUUGUGGCCCAUAUCGAUGUGUGGAUUACUUUGACUCUCUAGUUACACAGGGCUUCCCCGGGAUAGACACUUUGGACAACUUAUUUGAUCACGUGUUUAAAAAGUUUGAGAAAUUAGAGUGCCUAGGGAUCAGGGAGUUGCUGAGUGAAGAAGAUGAAAUGCAGCCUUCAGGCAAAGUCUUUAAAAAGCUAAUCCUGGGUGAAUACAAAUGGAUUACUUAUGAAGAAAUGAAUAUCCAAGUCAGUCACUUUGGAAGUGGGUUGGCUGCACUUGGCCAAAAGCCGAAAAGCCUAAUUUGUAUUUUCUGUGAAACAAGGGCUGAGUGGAUGAUUUCAGCUAAUGCUUGUUUCAGGUACAACUUUCCAUUGGUUACACUCUAUGCGACUCUUGGCCAGGAUGCAAUAGUUUACGGACUAAAUCAUUGUGGUGUCACUCAUCUUAUUACUAGUGUAGAACUCCUUGAUACCAAACUCAAGGGUGUCUUUUCUAAACUUCCUAAUUUGAAGCAUGUCAUAUAUGUAGACAAAAAGAACAUCAAUAAUGCGGAUUAUCCUGAGGAAAUUCAGAUACACAGCUUUGAAUCUGUUCUGGAGCUUGGAGCCAAACCUGAACACUCGAGUGUUCCACCGUCACAUCCUUGCUCAUCUGAUCUUGCUAUUAUUAUGUAUACCAGUGGUUCUACUGGCAUUCCUAAAGGAGUGAUGAUUGCGCAUAGUAAUCUUGUAGCAGGAAUGGCUGGUCAGUGUGAAAGGAUACCAAACCUAGGACCAGGAGACACAUACAUUGGUUAUUUGCCAUUGGCUCAUGUUCUUGAACUGUCAGCGGAGUUGUCUUGUCUUUCAAAUGGCUGUAGGAUUGGCUAUUCAUCCCCAUUAACACUGUCAGACAAGUCAGCAAAAAUCAAAACAGGAACUCAAGGAGACUGCACUGUCCUAAAGCCAACUCUCAUGGCUGCAGUACCGGAAAUAAUGGACAGAAUUUACAAUAAUGUCAUGAACAAUGUUCAGGAGAUGAGCUGUUUUCGGAGAAAAAUCUUCAAAUUCGCCUAUAACUACAAACUGGAAAAAAUCAAACAUGGCCAUGAUACACCUCUCUGUAAUAAGGUUAUUUUCAAAAAGGUGAAGUCCUUACUGGGCGGAAACAUUCGGUUGAUGCUCUCAGGUGGGGCACCGCUUUCUCCAACCACCCAACGCUUCAUGAACAUCUGCUUCUGCUGUCCAGUUGGACAAGGUUAUGGGCUGACUGAAACGUGUGGAGCAGGGACAAUCAUGGAAAGUUCAGAUAAUACAGUCGGUCGAGUAGGAGCGCCUCUUAUGUGCAAUGAAAUAUCUCUUCGAGACUGGCCUGAAGGUGGCUACACUGAAAAGGACAAACCAAAUCCACGAGGGGAAAUUUUGAUUGGUGGACCAAAUGUAACAAUGGGCUAUUAUAAAAAUGAAGAAGCCAACAAAGAUUAUUUUGUUGAUGAACGUGGACAGAGAUGGUUCUGCACAGGAGACAUUGGAGAAUUCCACCCAGAUGGCUGCCUUCAGAUUGUUGAUCGUAAAAAGGAUUUAGUGAAACUGCAAGCUGGAGAGUAUGUGUCCUUGGCAAAAGUAGAAUCUGCAUUAAAGAAGUGUCCACUGAUAGAUAACAUCUGUGUUUAUGCCGAAAGUGAUCAGAAUUACGUGAUCUGCUUUGUGGUGCCAAAUCAAAAUAAACUUACUCUCCUGGCAAACAAGAUAGGUGUUCGAGGGUCAUGGGAGGAGAUCUGCAAUCACCCCUGCGUGGAGGCCCAAGUGCUUAAGGAAAUCAUAGAAGUAGCAGCUUCCAAUGCUGCCAAACUAGAGCGGUUUGAAACUCCAGUGAAGGUACGAUUGAGUCCUGAGCCAUGGACCCCAGACAGCGGACUGGUUACAGAUGCAUUCAAAUUAAAGCGGAAAGAGCUGAAAAAGCAUUUUAUUAAUGACAUUGAAAAAAUGUAUGGAAGAAAUUAAGAGAAAAAAUCUGUCCCAUAUAUUCAGCUGUUUUUCAGAAAGCCAAGCCAACUUGGUAAUUUUCAAAUCUGUAUUAAUGUUUCUUUUGCCAGUCCAAGUGGUUUGUUUUCAUUGUGUUCUGUUGUGUGAAGGGUGUCACCAUGUAAUUGUACCAAAUAAAUCAGA